GGAUCUGAUUGUGUUAAAGAGCACUACAAUUGGCCAAUUACAGGGUUCCGUUACGAGGUUUUAACAAGCACAAGUUUUAAAUAUUACGAAACAUGGAUAUUGUUCUUGGGAUUAAAGUGAAAGAUGCCGUCAUCAUUGCCACCUCCAAGGCCGCCACUAGAGGUAUCUCGAUCAUUGGUGAGAAGGACGACAAGACUAGAAAAUUGAGCGAUCACUCUCUCAUUGCUUUUACAGGUGAAGCUGGUGACACGGUUCAAUUUGCUGAAUAUAUCCAAGCAAAUGUACAACUCUAUGGAAUUAGGGAGAACUUUGAACUUAGCCCAAAGGCAGUGGCAAGCUUCACAAGAAACGAGCUUGCAAAAUCACUCAGAUCAAGAAAACCAUACCAGGUGAAUGUGCUCAUUGCCGGUUACGAUGAGAAGACACAAGAACCAUCACUGAACUGGAUAGAUUAUUUGGGAACCAAUGUUGAACUUCCUUAUGCUGCCCAUGGAUACGCAGCAUUCUACACAUUUUCAUUGCUUGAUCAUCACUAUAGACCUGAUUUUACAACAGAACAAGGGUUACACUUGUUAAAGCUGUGUAUCGAAGAAUUGCAAAAGAGAUUACCAAUCGAUUUCAAGGGAGUAUUUGUCAAGAUUGUGAAUAAGGAUGGAGUGAAGGAAGUGGAGAUUUAAAGUGUACCUCAUACCUUUCUCUCCUACUGUAAUAAACAAAGAAAUCUGUGGAUGAAUGUAUGAGUACAGAGACGAAGAGAAUUGUACGAAAAAAAAUGUAGCCAAGAAGAAAAGAAGACCACGUCAUAGUUCAUCCAAGGUGGAGAUCAUCACACG